GUCAUCUGGCAAACUCGACCGGUCAAGCGUGUCAUCUGGCAAACUCUGAUCACCUCCCGGUGCAUUUCGUGGAAGCGAUGUGGCGUACAUCUGCGGCUCUUCUAUCGGUAUAUCGCUAAGUGACGCUAACUGGUUACAGUAAUCGUCCUCCUUAUCCUUUGGAUUUUUGCAGAUUCCGUUGUGAUAAGGUGCUGGGUCUCUUGGCUUAAGGACCUUUUUCAAGCUAUAUCCGUGAUGUCUGACCAGGGCUACCAAGACAACUACGUCGAUGUUCUGGGCGACGAUAAUCUGUUUCGCAUUGGACGUGUGGUGGACAUAGCGGACAACGGGCUUUUUGUUGACUUCUGUCCCAAACGACGACAAGAAUUCGCCCCGUUUAAUCGAAUCUUCCAGGUUGUGAGGUCGCUGAUUAACGAAGAACAGCUUGUCUAUGCGUGCGGUUAUGGCAAACCCCACGCGAUCAUACUCGUGGACGCUCUAAUGCGCGAGGCACCCUCCGGUCCGUGGACCUGGUUUCCCGCUGGAAUCAUCAGUUUGACGCGUGGUAUUCGCCACAAGCGGUGCAGCGUAGCCGUUGUUGAAUGGUUUCAUGGCCAGCCACGUACAGAUCUGGUUCCCCUGGAGCGACUGCGCUGGAGAGUGUCAGAUGAUUGGUGGGCCACUAUAGGCCGGGAACCUCCAGCCGAGCUUCCAGCACGGGAUAACUGGCAUCAUGAUUACUCUCAGAUGCACAGAGUGGCCACUCGACUUGAGCCAGUCCGACCAGGGAUUUUCGAGAAACGAAGUGUGCCAUUGCCGAAAGAAUGCCGCCAUAUAGAUACCGAUAACCUGCUGCGGCAGUUGAAUGGCAGAGCGUGGCGUCGGGCUGAGCCCGAUAAUCGUGCGAUUUCGUUCGUCAACAUACAUGACGGAAAUGUAUCCUACAUUUGGCGACGUCCGACUGAAAUCGAGCACCAGAAUGACUACUGUUUUGACCUCGCUCAGAACAAGAUCGAUGAGUGUCGUUCCGCAUUGACCGCCCAUAUACGCAGCAUAACCUGGAUGUUGACCGAAGGAAGCGCACAAUCUGCUGAACGCGAGGAAACGGAUAAUGUGCGUGUGCUGACGUCCGAUGUGAUGCUGGAAGUGUUUUCCCAUUUGGACACUUGUACGCUGACCAGGUUGCGGACUGUUUGUGCUGUAUGGAGUGGCAUCUUAGAAUCGCCUGAGUUGUCGGCUUGCAUCGUGGUUACAGCCUCCGGAAAUUCCACUCCCUCGAUUCGCGAAACAUCGCACUACUUUUUGAUGGCACCAGUUUUCAAAUGCCUCCGUCCUUCCACGCAGCAUAUGGUGGUUGACGCUCGUAACAGUUCGAUGGACAUUGGCGAUUUUCUUAGGCUGACGGAUAUGAUACACUAUGUUGGACAGACUACAGGGAGUAGCUUGCGAACGUUGCAUGUGGUGGGGCUUCGCAUAGAUCUGGAGUUAGGCAACGCGAUGAUUUCCUAUAACGACAUGUAUAAUAAAUGCAAACUGCAUCGUAACCACCCUGAGUUCGAUCCUUUUGCUUCCCCUAUGACUCGUAUCGACGAUUUCAUCUCCGCUUGUGAUGGUCUGCCCUGCGAUGCCAUGCACCUGGUCAAUUGCACUUUCAAUUGGGAAUUUUAUAAAGCACGCAAGUGGGCUGAAGUCAAACUGGCGGUUGACCUUUCAAGGGUUCGGCUCUCGUUGAAUGGGGAUGUGGACAGUGCGAUGUGGGAUGCACUGGAGAAAUGCGUGCCGAAGCCCAGUGCGAAAGAUCUACGAACGUUGUCCAUGUUCUUGGCGUUCGUUGCGGCUAAUGAGGGCCAUUCUCAACGAGAAUGGUGCAACGCAUUGUGCGCGACGCAGUCAGCUGACCCGCGUCUUUCCUCGCAUUAUCGUGGCAAGGAGUGGUGCGCUGAUGGCCUGAAGGAUCUGCGGUUGGAGAAACUGUCUUCGAUUGCGCUGUACUUCCUGGUUGAAGUGUAUAAAUUUGUUGACGGACUUUCGAUGAGCGAUUAAGGUGAUGACUGGUACGGCGAGGCCACUCACCGGACCGAUGAUGAGUUCGAAGACUUUUGAAGACUGUUGAACUGACUUUGAGUUUGAAGACUGUUAGGAAACCCGACUAGUAAUAACGACUCGGAUAGGUCGGAUUAUCGGCGGCUGCAUGACAUUUGAAAACGCUUCGUUUUUGAAUGUUUGCUCGUGAGACGAGAGUUGUAUAUUUUUCUUUUGUUUUAGAAUAAAAUUGCAUUUUAUUUUAGAAAGAUAUUGUCCAGCAUUAUCCUGUUAUCAUUCUUAGAGCACAAUCUUCUUCCUGUUGUUUUAUAUUGCUACUUUUAUUGUUGUAGCCUUACAAUAUACGUGUAGUGUACAGAUCUGUAUAUUCUACCUAAACGCAGCGAUAUAAUA